GGAGGAACAGAACGCCCUGCAGGGAGACUGUUCACCCAACCGCUCUGACCGUCCUUCAACAAAAAGCUAAUUACAUACAGGGAGAGGAAGAGAAGGAGACAACUGCCUCCAAGAUGAGUCUCUCUGGGAGGAGAGAGGCAGAGGAGACCGCUGGCUCUAAGAUGAGUCUCUCUGGGGGGAGAGAGGCAGAGGAGACCGUUGCCUCUAAGAUGAGUCUCUCUGGGGGGAGAGAGGCAGAGGAGACCGCUGCCUCUAAGAUGAGUCUCUCUGGGGGGGGAGAGGCAGAGGAGACUGCUGCCUCUAAGAGGAGUCUCUCUCGUGAACAUGACACCGACAACAAAACAAAGAGCCUGAUCCACCAGGAGAGACCAGACUCCCCUGUACCCAGCUGUCUGUCCAUGAAGAGUGACCAGUCUAUGGUACCACCGAUAUUCUUUAGAGAGGGAGACACUCCUAUUCAAAGAGCUCAACAGGAGACACCACAGACUCUCAUUGAUCAAUCUGCCCCGUGUCCCCAAACAGACCUGGACUCCAUAUUCAGGUCCCUUGAAAAAAAUAUCUUUACGUUCAUGACCAAAGAGCUGAAGAGGUUCAAAAGGAUUCUGAGCCAUGAUUUCCAAGAAAAUGUUAAGAACAAAGAUGUGGUGGACGCUGAAGAUGAGAAGCAGGAGAGCAGUGCCAGAGAGGGGGCGCUGAAGAUCACCCUGGACUUCCUGAAGAACAUGAACCAAAAGAAGUUGGCUGACAAACUGGAACAAAGCCUUGAAGAUGAUAUUGUUAUCAAGAGCCAACUUAAACUCAAAUCUUGUCUGAAGGACAAGUUUGAAAGUAUAUUUGAAGGGAUAGCUAAACAAGGAAACACAACGCUUCUCAGAAAGAUCUACACAGAACUCUACAUCACAGAGGGUGGAGGUGGGAUGCUCAACAAUGAACACGAAGUGAGAGAGAUUGAGAUGGCAUCUAAGAGACAAGCACAUCCAGAAACACCAAUCAAAUGCAACAACAUUUUCCACCCCUUACCUGGACAAGACAAACCUAUCAGAACUGUGUUGACAAAAGGAGUUGCUGGCAUCGGAAAAACUAUCUCUGUGCAGAAGUUCAUUCUGGACUGGGCUGAAGGAAAAGCCAAUCAGGAUAUCCAGUUGUUAUUUCCACUCUCUUUUCGAGAGCUGAAUUUGAUGAAGGGGAGAACGCACAGCUUGAUAGAGCUACUUCAUCAAUUUUAUAUGGGAAUGAAACAAUCAGAAAUUUCAGACUUAGGCAAGUACAAAGUACUGUUUGUCUUUGAUGGUCUGGAUGAGUGUCGACUUCCUCUAGACUUCAAGAACUGUGAGAUCUGCUGUGAUGUCACAGAGAGAACCUCAGUUGAUGUACUGCUGACAAACCUGAUCAAGGGGAAACUGUUUCCCUCUGCUCUAAUAUGGAUAACGUCGCGACCUGCGGCAGCCAGUCAGAUCCCCCCAGAGUUUGUUGACCAAGUGACUGAGGUUCGAGGGUUCAAUGACUUACAGAAGGAGGAGUACUUCAAGAAAAGAUUCAGUAAUGAGAAUCUGGCCAACAGAAUUAUCUCACAUAUAAAGACAUCAAGAAGCCUUCACAUCAUGUGCCACAUACCCGUCUUCUGUUGGAUCUCUGCCACAGUUCUUGAGCACAUGUUGAAUACAGAGCAAAACCGAGAGAUGCCCAAGACUCUGACUCAGUUAUACAUUGGCCUUUUGGUAUUUCAGCUUAAACAAAUGCAUGUGAAAUAUCACAAAACAGAUGAGACACACUGGAAUAGGAUCAUCAUGGCCUUGGGAAAACUUGCCUUCGAACAGCUAGAGAAAGGCAACUUGAUCUUCUAUGAGGAAGACCUGAAAGAGUGUGGCAUUGAUGUGGUAGAAGCCUCAGUGUACUCAGGCAUGUGCACACAGAUCUUCAGAGAGGAUUAUGGGCUGUUCCAGGAUAAGGUGUACUGCUUUGUUCAUCUGAGCAUCCAGGAGUUUCUGGCUGCAUUGUAUGUGUUUCUCAAAUUCUUCAACAACAACAUAAAUGUCAUGGCUAAAACACAAUCAAGCAAACCUCACACUCUGUUCAGGGACAAAAACCAUGAUUCAAUCUUCUUCAAGAGUGCAGUAGACCAGGCCUUACUGAGUGGGAAUGGACACCUGGAUCUCUUCCUCCGCUUCCUUCUGGGACUCUCUUUGGAGUCCAAUCAGACGCUCCUACGAGGUCUACAAACAGAGACAAGAGAAACCUCACAGACCAGAAAAGAAACAGUAGAGUACAUCAAGACGAAGAUCAGGGAGAAUCCCUCUCCAGAGAGGUGCAUCAAUCUAUUCCACUGCCUUAAUGAGCUGAAUGAUUAUUCUCUAGUGGAUGAGAUUCAAAGAUACCUAAGUUCAGGAAGUCUGUCAGAAACCCAGCUGUCACCUGGACAGUGGUCAGCUCUGGUCUUUGUGCUUCUGACUUCAGAAGAGGAUCUAGAUGUGUUUGACUUGAAGAAAUACUCCAGAUCAGAAGAAUGUCUUCAGAGGAUGUUGCCAGUGGUCAAAGCAUCCAGAACAGCUCUGCUGGAUGGGUGUAACCUCACAGAGAGAUGCUGUGAAAUAUUAGCAUCAGCUCUCAGCUCAACGUCGUCCCACCUGAGAGAGCUGGACCUGAAUAACAAUGACCUGAAGGAUUCUGGUGUGAGAUUACUCUCUGCUGGGCUGGAGAGUCCACAUUGCAAACUGAAAACACUGAGGCUUUCAGGCUGUGGAGUGACAAGUAAAGGUGGUGGCUUUUUGGCUUCAGCUCUGUUGUUAAACCCCUGCACCUUGUUGGAGUUGGAUGUGGAUCUGGAUGUGUUUGACCUGACGAAAUACUCCAGAACGGAGGAAGGUCUCCUGAGACUUCUGCCAAUGGUCAAAGCAUCCAGAACAGUUCUGCUGAAUGGAUGUAACCUUACAGACAGAUGUUGUGUAGCGCUGGCCUCAGCGCUCAGUUCAACAUCCUCCCGCUUGAGAGAGCUGGACCUGAGUAAUAAUGACCUGCAUGAUUCAGGGGUUAAGCGGCUCUUUGCUGGACUAGAGAGUCCAAACUGUAAACUGGAGACACUGAGAUUGAGUCAAUGCAAAUUAACAAAGACAUGCUGUAAAGUAUUGGCAUCUACUAUCAGUUCAACGACCACCCAUCUGAGAGAACUGGACCUUAGUAACAAUGACCUGCAAGAUUUGGGAGUAAAGCUACUCGCUACUGUACUGGAGAGUCCACACUGUAGACUGGAAACACUAAGGCUGUCUGGUUGUCUGGUCACAGAGGAAGGCUGUGCGUCUCUGACCUCAGCUCUGAGCUCAAACCCCUCACACCUGAGAGAGUUGGACCUCAGUUACAAUCACCCAGGAGACUCAGGAGUGAAGCUGCUCUCUGCUGGACUGGAGGACCCACACUGGAGUCUGGAGAAACUCAAUGUGGACCAUGGUGAAAAGAAAUGGUUGAAAUCAGGGAUUAAGAAAUAUGCCCAUGAACUCAAACUGGACCCAAACACAGCCUACAAACUCCUCACUCUGUCAGAGAAUCACCAGGAAGUGAAAGGGGGAAAGGAGCAGUCAUACCCUGAUCACCCAGAGAGAUUUGACUCCUGGUCUCAGGUGCUGUGUACAGAAGGUCUGACAGGGCGCUGUUACUGGGAGGUGGAUAGGGGUGGGAGAGGAGCUGCUAUAGUUGUGGCAUAUAAAGGAAUCAACAGAAAAGGUGGAGGAAAAGACUGUGGUUUUGGAUUCAAUGACAAGUCCUGGAAUCUGGACUGCUACAAUGACAGUUACACUGCCAUUCACAAAAACUAUUCCAAUCCCUUUAAAGACCCCACUGCCUUCAAGUCCAAAAAAGUAGGCGUGUAUCUGGACUGGCCGGCCGGCACUCUGUCCUUCUACAAGGUCUGCUCUGACACACUGAUCCACCUGCACACUUUCCACUCUACAUUCACUGAGCCCCUUUACCCAGGGUUUGGGCUUGGGCCUGCUUCCUCAGUGUCUCUGUGUCAGGUAGAAUAGUCUCAUUGUCAACUGUGGGACCUAAUAUGUGUGCCUUUUUUAAAUCA